GCAGGGGGGCGCUAGGGGAGGCCCGUGACUUGGUAUGGUCAGGUACGGUACAUGACGGUAAGUUACCGCUCCUUACAGUACUCCUACUUCUCUAUCAACCUCCCCUUCUUCUUCUAUAUCUUCUUCCUUACUCCUGAAUCUUUACCCUCAGCUGCCAUUACUUUCUACUCUCGACUACUACUUCUUUCUUCUCCUCUUCUCUUCUUCUUCCUCUACCUACUGUCAUGUCUUUCGUCUUUGCUAUUGAGUCUGUUUAACGGAGGCUGGCUUGGCCGUCUAAAUAUAGCAUCAAAACACUCAAAGUUGGCUUCGUCUGCUGCUUCUUCUUCUCCUUCUUCUCCUCCUUCUUCUCCGUCUUCUCUGCUGUUCCUGUUUCAUCUUUUAGCUCAAGUCGACUAGUUAGCCCUCAAGUUCCUCUGCUUCCUCCUUUCUCCCAGCCAACCAUGGCCAGCAGAAGAGCAAGCUCAGUCGAUGGGGAGAGGGGGGUCUCUCCACCGCCCGUCUGUCUCUAUAUAUAAACUGGCUUCCUGGAGACAUGGGUUUUGCUCGUAAGUAACGCCAGGACAGGCAAAAAAGAAAGUGGAAGAGACAGGAGAAGGAGCGGAAAAAAGCAACGCUUGCCGCAGCGGCAAGGACCAGCCAACCAGGCGUCGCAGGGCCUCACUUUGGCCCCUUCAGCUAGCAGGAGUCGGCAGUUAGUAAGAGGGCAGGAUAGGCAUGAAAAGAAGUCAAGUCAAGAAACGACUCCACUGGUGGGUGUUAUGUACUUAUCUCGCCAUCGCCAGGAGAUGUACGACAUUUCUCUUACUUACAUACGAACCCGGGUCAUAAAGGCGGGCACAUAUACCGUCUCCUAGCACUCCGUAUGAACAACUUGGGCAGGUCGAAAUGUCGCAGCAGAACAACAAGUCUGAGGAGCCAGAGGCAGC